GACAAGACUAGCGGAGAGCUCAUAUGGAAGCUCUGAGAAAGAGAAAAAGAUCCUUGUUCUUCUAGAAGAGGAAGUCCAGGCAGUACCCCGGCACCUUGAACUACACCGCAAUAACCAUCCUGUGGCACCCCGCCCCAUCUCCCUACACUCUUGCCGAACGUCUUGGAAAUAUCGAUGGCGGACGCCGUCGAUAUGUUACUGGUCACAAAGGCAGCUGUGAUCUGGCUGGAGCAUGAGGGAGGCUUCGACACCAGUACUCGCCUGAUUAUCUUCAUGAUACUGGGGCUGACAAGCUCUGAAUGUUCAUCUUAGUGCACUAGUACUAUGUCGCCCUGUCCGACUUCGAGAAGCAAGACUACCUUGCAACUUGAUGCGAGAAGGUAGCCUCCACCACACAUAUAUAACCAGCUUGUCUCUCCACCUUGCUUUUAUUCACACCAGACCUCCACAACAAUUCCUCAAGUUGGACAAUAAAAGAUGUCUCGCGUAUCAAAGCUCGCCUCUUUCCUUGUGCUGGCCUCAACUGGCCUAGCUCAACUUCCGAAUAUCCAGCCGUUCACCGUCACUGGAUCUCUGGACGGUUGCAACGCUAAGAGCACAGAGUACAACUCUGGUGGCUCAAUCUCAGUCAACAACUGGAAUAUUGAGGUGCCACAGAAUCUCAUCGUUCAGUUCCCCGUCGUGUGGGCACCGUUCCGGGAACUCUGCGAUGCAGGAGCCCUUGGCUUCGAGACUACCGUCGUUGGUAACAUUGUGAACGGUAAAGUCAUUGCUGGACAGGUUUCGGUCGCUCAACGCUUCGGUCUCGAAGGCAGCCAAGGAUACAUCUCGGCAAUCAACGACGACGGUACGCUUCAGAUAGCCAGUGGUCCGACAGUCCGAAUCAAUGACCCUGAUGGUCUGUUUGGACCCCAGUACAACUCCCAGAAAUACUGGAUCGCUGACACAGCUAAUCCAUCGGUAACCUCGUUCUCGGGAUUCCCUAUGUGUAUUCCAUACUCGGGAAAUACCGCCAAGUGCUCAAGCUCGAAUCGCCCCAACAGUCAAUCAUUCACGCCACAGGAUCCACUCAGCAUGGUUCCAUUCAAAGUCGGCGACUUCAUUGAGUACUCUGGCCUCAGGGUUGGUGGCAACGAAAUCCUCGCUUCGUCGAUCGUAUGCAUCAGCUUGCACAUCACGACACAAGCUAGCGAGAGUGUACCCAACUACAUUCGCGUUGAGGACUUCCUCAUCGGCGUUCCUGACAACUCACCAAAUGUUGAGUUUGCCGAUAUCCGCGUGAUCGGUUUCCUGUCCAGCUGCUCCGGCGCUAUAGUCACUAUCAGUGCUAUCGACGUCGACCCUUGUACGGGCAAGGAGACAUAUCGCCCCAUCGGUACAACAACUCCAAAGCAAGAGACUCGUUGCAAAUGGGAGGCUCGCAUUGCUUCGCCAGCUCAAGCUCCCUUCACUCGAGAGUACCGUAUUACGACCAACACACCAGUCAAGGAGACCAAGGACGGUAUUAGAGCUGGUCAAUUUAUUGCAGCUGUUAGCGAAUGGAUCUUCCCUGAAGUUGAUGUACCUGGAACCAACCCGCCAGCCUACCCUUUCAACGAUAUUCGGGGAUUGAUUCAGGGUGACUUCCUUGAUGGUAAACAGUACGGUCCUCUAUCGCCGUUCCCAGGUCCCACCCCACCACAGCCAUCCAAGACCUGCAGUCCCGCAGACAUCCCAGAUCCUAACGCAACCCCGACCCCUUCGGCUACUCCUUCGCCCAACCCCAAUCCAGAUGAGCCAUCGACACCACAGACCGCCCCGAUUGCUUCUAUCGCAAGCUUUGCAUCUGCUCUGCGAGUUGGCACUAGUGUAACACUCUUGGGCUCCAACACGGCUGAGGGCCUCAAAGACACCGAUCUGAACUUUAGCUGGACCAAAACCACGCCUGCCUCGGCAACCGUUAGUAUCACCAACGCCAACAGCCCCAGCGCCACAUUCCUCGCACCCAAAGUAACAACAGAGACAUCCUUUACAUUCGAACUCACCGUCACGUCCAAGACCGACGCCACAAAGACCAGCAAAGCAACCGUCACUGUCAAGGUCAACCCCACUUUGGCUGACACCGUCACUCUAGACACGUACACCUGGGAGUCGAAGCAAUCCGGCAGCAUCACUGCGACAUGUACUUCGAAUGUGAAGAACGGAGAUAACAAGGCCAUGACGCUGCUUCUCAACGGAACCACAAGGCGGACCAUGGUAGCAGUGAGCGGAAGUCCAGGAAAAUGGACUUAUAGCGCAAGGGAUACGGCGAGGCCGAACAACUUGAAGUGUGUGAGUGAUUUGAAGGGAGAGAGUGCGGUGAGGCAGGGUACUGCGACAACGAGAAGGAGGAGAGCUGUUGUUUGGUAGAGGACCAUUGAUGUAUAUAAUGAUUUAUGAAUGGUUAAUGAGUACGCGAACAUUUGUUC